AUGAAAAACAAAAGGAUGCGACUUCUUACCUUUGACUUUGCUAGUAAACAGUUCUCAUUUGUUGAUCUUCCUGAUUCUGCUAACCGUGCACGGAAAUUGCAUCUUGCCGAGCGGGAUGGGUCGCUUGCAGCUAUAAUUUACCCAGGUUUCGGAAAGAAUAUAUUUUUUGAAGUAUGGUUGAGAAGUCAUGAUGGUUCAUGGGAGGAGGUAUCCACAAUUUGUGUUCCUAGUGCUGUUGAGCCAUUAGGGUUCUGGACAAAAGAUGAACUGCUUUUUAAAUGCAGGGGUGAAUACCUAAUCAUUUUUUGCCUUGACACUCGAGAGGCUAAGCGUCUUAAUAUCACUAGUGAUCGUAAGGAUCCUUACAAGACGUUCAUUCCUUGUGUGGAGAGUGGAGUUCAGCUCGUUGGGAAAUCAGAGUGCGAAAACAAAGAGGUAUAUUAA